AUGCCUACCCGUUUGUCGAAGACCCGCAAGCACCGCGGCCACGUUUCCGCCGGUAAGGGACGUGUCGGAAAGCACCGCAAGCAUCCCGGUGGUCGUGGUCUUGCUGGUGGUCAGCACCACCACCGUACCAACAUGGACAAGUACCAUCCCGGUUACUUCGGAAAGGUUGGUAUGCGAUACUUCCACAAGCAGCAGAACCACUUCUGGAAGCCCAUCAUCAACCUCGACAAGCUCUGGUCUCUCGUUCCCCAAGAGACCCGUGACGCCUACGUCAAGGGUGAGAAGAAGGACACCGUCCCCGUCCUCGACCUCCUCCCUCUCGGUUACUCCAAGGUCCUCGGAAAGGGCCGUCUCCCUGAGAUCCCUCUGGUCGUCCGCGCCCGCUGGGUCAGCCGCCUUGCUGAGGAGAAGAUCAAGCAGGCCGGUGGUGUCGUUGAGCUCGUCGCUUAA